UGCUGAGGGGCGGGGCUUCAGUGACGUAGCAGGAAGCGUCUCCACGCGUGUGCAAGUCCUGAAAGUUUCACGGUUUCCUCUCCGGUGGUGAAAUCUGAUCCUGAGCCCGGUCGCGCGCUCAGGUGUGACUCCUAAGCCGGAACCGGUCGGUCCGACGUGUUUCAUCAGAACGGAACAUGUGGAACGUCUCUGAACUCAACUCAACAAACUGAUCUGAGCACAGCAGCUGCUCUCAGCUCAACGAGCAGCUCGUGACCGGAGUGUGUGUGUGUGUGUGUGUGUGUGUGUGUGUGUGUACAGGUGAGUUGAUAAUGUCAUCAGCUGAUGAGCAGCUGUGUCUGAACAUCUGCAGCGAAGUGACGUCAUCGUCCAGCAGGAGGAGACACGUGACGACUCAGCAGCGAUGGAGCAAAAAGAAGCAGAGAGCAGAGAAAAGGAGGUUGAGCUCCUCAGAGGAGGACAGGAGGAGACGUAGAUUCAAACAGACAGAGCAGCAGGAGGAGGCGGAGCCUGCGGAGACUCAGGCUCCGCCCACUGAGGUGGCAGACAGAACACCACCGAAGAAGAAGAAGAAGAUGAAGGAGACACUGAAGGAUGCAGUGAAGGAUGCAGUGAAGGAGGCAGUGAAGGAGGCAGGUCGCAGCAGCAUCAAGACGUCGUCUCUGUUCAAACACAACCCUGACAUCCCCCAGCUCCACAGUCCUGCAGUCUCACAGCUGACGGAGCAGAUUUUCACCUCUGAUUCAUUUUCAGACCUUCAUCUGCAUCCUCACCUGGUGGCGACGCUGAACAAAGUCCUGAAUGUUUCCACACUGACCAGUGUUCAGAAGCGGUCCAUUCCAGCUCUUCUAUCAGGACGAGACGCUGUGAUUCGUUCUCAGACUGGAUCAGGUAAAACUUUGUCCUUCGCCGUCCCGCUGGUCCAGAGUCUCCAGGAGCUGCAGCCCAAGAUCCGCCGCUCAGACGGGCCGCUGGCUGUCGUCAUCGUUCCCACCAGAGAGCUCGCCCUGCAGACCUUCCACACCUUCCAGAAGCUUCUUAAGCCCUUCACCUGGAUCGUGCCAGGUGUGCUAAUGGGAGGAGAGAAGAGGAAGGCAGAGAAGGCCAGGCUCCGUAAAGGAAUCAACAUCCUGGUGUCGACUCCUGGACGUCUGGUGGAUCACAUCAAACACACCCUGAGCAUUGCCUUCAGCGCAGUCCGCUGGCUGGUCCUGGACGAAGCCGACCGGACUCUGGAUCUGGGCUUCGAGAAGGACCUGACCGUCAUAUUAAACAGCCUGAACGCUGCCGGACCUGGAAGACAGAACGUCCUGCUGUCGGCUACACUCACACUGGGUGUGACCCGGUUAGCAGAUGUGUGUUUAAACGACCCAAUCAACAUCCACGUGUCUGGCCCCGCCUCCUCUGACCUCACCGCCUCAGCCUCAGACAGCAGCCAAUCAGAGAGCUUCGCCGUGCCGGAGGCUCUGCGGCAGUUUGUGGUUCUGGUUCCCAGUAAGGUCCGACUGGUCUGUCUGGCCGCCUUCAUCCUGGACAAAUGCAAAUUUUCUCAGAACAACAAACUGAUCGUGUUCGUGUCGAGCUGCGAAGCCGUCGAGUUCCUGCACUCGCUGUUCACCGCCGUCCUCGCCGGGCCCUCGACCAAUCACAAGCCCCCGCUCGGCUUCCUGCGUCUCCAUGGCAACAUGAAACAGGAGGAGCGAUCUGACGUGUUCCAGCAGUUCUCAGUGUCUCAGGGGGGAGUCCUGCUCUGUACGAGCUCGUCCUCGGCGCUGCAGCAGGACGUCCGUGAGCGAGCCACCGUCCUUCAGACCGACUUUGAGAACUUUGUGCAUUCGGACGCUGAGUCGCUGCAGGCGGCUAAGAAAGCGCUGCAGUCCUACCUGCGGGCCUACACCACCUACCCCGCUCACCUGAAGCACAUCUUCCACAUCCGCUCGCUGCACCUGGGACACGCUGCCAAGAGCUUCGGCCUGAGAGACGCGCCGCAGGGCCUCAGCGCCGCUGGGAACAGAACCAGGGCCCACAAGACCCAGAACCAGAGGACGAAGGACAGGAGUCCAACUAAACACCAGAACAAGUCCAGUGGAAAGAAGAGGUUCUCCGCUGCCCACAUGGAUCUCCAGCUGCUGCGCUCUGAGUUCUCCAGCGGGUUGGACGGACGACGCAAAGACACCAAGAACAAGCAGCAGUGAGGCAGGAGACGGAACGCAGGAACGUUCUGCACAGAACCGCCGCUGCACAAACACAAGAACUGACUGACUGAGAACCUGAAAACUCAAAGAACCACACCAGAGAACCCGCAGCUGACACACAAACAGCUUCAUGUCUUGGAUUAAAUCUGUUUUUCUGUGAAAUAAAAGUUGAUUUUUCCACAAACCUGCAGCAGCUGAUUGAAGCAAACAGACCAGCUGACACCGUGGAGCUCUCUGAUUGGCCGAGGACUCCGAGGUGUCGGGUAGCGCUGAGGUCGAGUCGACACUGACUGCAGCUACUCGACAAACGGAGAGACGCUGUGUGUGUCUGUUUUGUGUUCUGACAUCUUUCGUCUCUGCAGCAUUCAGGUUUUUGCGUGGCAGUAACACAACCUGCUGCUUCAGGAGGCCACGCCCACAGAGGCCACGCCCACAGAGGCCACGCCCACAGACACACCAACGGGUCUCCUCGCUAACGGUCUGUUGAAGCAGAACCGAAUCCUCGUCUGCACAAACUUUUCCGUGAAUCUAAAAGCGUUUCCAGUUCUGCUUUUUAACAGCAUCAAUAAUUCAGCCGACAUUAAUAUUUCAUCAGCUGAUCGCAGAGUAAACGUCGGAUUGUGAAGGAGGCGGCUGAUUGGACGACAGACGGCUGGAGGAGGAGCCAAUCAGGCAACGUUUUGAUCACCCAUGAGCCAUGCUGCUCCUCACGCUUUUAUUGUGAAAAGGUGUGGCGCAGCAGGUGAAGCUGAACCACAGCAGAGACUCAGAACGGCCACAAGAAAGAGAACGAGAGCGACGGAACAACAGAUUGUUUAUUAAAACCUCUUAGACACACAAAACAAGGAAAGAGCUGCACAAUGAACACAAACGGACACAAACCCAGACAAAAGAACCACACAGUCACUCAAAAUAAACACCAAGAGACACAAACUGAACACAAGCAGACACACGAGCGCUCGGACACAAACGGACCAGAACCAGAUUAAACGCACUCAAAGAAACGCACACUGAACACAAACCAACACCAACUGAGCUCAGACAGAACCAGUCGUGUGUCUGGUUCUAAAAGUGGAGUUUAAGCUUUCCGUCACAGCUCAGAUCAUGUGAACAGCAGCUGGUUCUGGUUCUGGCUCACCAGCUGAUGGGUUUCUAUUAGUUUGUUGUUCCCUGUAUGUUCUUAUGGUCAGCAGGUUCCAGCUGUUGGUGCUUUAUGAUGACCGCUGAUCAUAAUUAUGACUUCAGUUCUCUCUGAUAAAAACUCCACAAACAAGUCAAAACAGCAGGCUCCGGGUCAGAACCAGCCGGUCCAGUCGAGUCCCUGUUAAAAACCUGAAGAACAGAACUGGGACGAGUCAGUUUGAUACGAACCUUUCUUCAGCUUCAUUCACGUCACAGAAGAAACAAAACGUUCACAUCUUUCCUUGUUUAUUUCAAAUUUAACAAACUAAAUAAAACAUGUCCAGACGGUUCUGGUCCAGACGGUUCUGGUCCAGAAGCUUCUCUCUGAA